GCGUCAAAAUAAUUACGUAAGCCAGUGGGUGUGACGUCACCGCCCGAAAUACGUCAAACAGGAAGAGCGUUCAUUGUUUUGGCCUUUGCUGCUCUGCGUCCUCGGAGUCUCGCCGAUUAAAACAACAAACAUCCGACAGCCGACACACUCCUGGUACGGUAUCUUCUCACCAUGACUCACUGGUUCCAUCGAAACCCUCUGAAAGCCACGGCACCCGUGUCCUUCAACCUGUACGGCGUGGCAUCCAGUCCCGCUGCCAAUAAGAUCUGCAAUGACCUGAGAACGGCGCGAGCCCGACUGCUGGACAUGUUCACAGAUGCCACAUGCACCCCAGAGAUCAUGAAGAAAUCCAGUGAUGAAUAUUUUUCUCUUAUACAGGGAUUCAUUCUGCCGCUGGAUGGAACCACGCAAGAGAACAAGCUCCGAUUCAUCCAGAACUUCAAAUGGACUGACACUUUACAGGGAAAUAUCACGAGUGCCCAGCAGGAUGCUGUAUUUGAGCUGGUGUCUAUGGCGUUUAAUGUCGCCAUCUGGUACUCCAAGUUUGCCUCACGCCUGGCCGGAAAGGAGAACAUCACAGAGGACGAAGCCAAAGAUGUUCACAAGAGUUUGAAAAUUGCCGCUGGAAUAUUUAAAACCCUCAAGGAGACUCAUAUUCCUCGACUCAUCACUCCAGCAGAGAAGGGUCGAGACCUGGAGUCCACGAGUUCCAUUGACACCUACAUUGUGCAGAGUCAGGCAGAGGCUCAGGAGGUCACCAUCGCCAGAGCCAUCGAGCUGAAGCACAACGCCUCCCUCAUCGCAGCGCUGUCCUUCGAGACCGCAAACUUCUACCAGAAGGCCGAUCACACUUUGAACACUUUGGAUCCAGAGUGCAGCAGUAAGUGGAAGAAAUACCUGCAGCUGAAGCAGCACUUCUACAUGGCUUACGCACACUGCUAUCAUGGACAGACUCUUCUGGCGGGUGAUAAAUGUGGAGAGGCCAUAAGAUCCCUGCAGGAGGCCGAGAAAUUUUAUUCCCGCGCUGAAGCCUUGUGUAAAGAGUACCGUCAGAUGAAGGGUCCCGGCAGCACGGCCAAACCCUCGGAGCAGCUCUUCUUUAAGAAACUGGGCACGUUUAUGAAGAUGGGCAUGUAUAAUUGAGAGAGAGAUGGAGGAUUCAGUUACUUUCACAAGGUUCCUGCAGAAGCUCCGGCGCUGGAACUGAAGGCCAGUUACGGUUUGGCUGAACCGACUCCCUUCGAGCUCCCGCCUCUCAGCGCUCAGUGCACGCCGGAAGUCUACGCGACCUUUGACCUUACCAAAGGACCCAAAGAAGACAAGGCGAAAGCGAAGCACGAUGAGGAGAUCAAGCCGGUGAAGGAGCCGGAUCUGAAGCCGCAGAAGGACACGGGCUGCGUCGUCUCUUAAAGAUAGAUCCAGGAGAUCUGGAGGAGUCUGUAAUCGUCUCAUCUAACUCAA